UAGCCUUUAUGGCACGUCUUAAGAAUGUCUUUAUGAUCUCAGCCUGGCACGUCAGCUCAGAACGGCUGCUGCCGUGGCGACGGGGGCUGUAUCAGCAGCGGAAGCAGUGGCAGUUACGCAGCGGCCAGGGCUUAGGUGGGGAGGCCACAGAGGCGGCGGCGGCUGCGGGGGCGGGGGCGGGGGCGGUGGGACCGGACUGCGGCUGUCCCGCCUGCUACCUCAACCCAACCGGCAGCAGUGUGAAACCCGCGGAGCCCCAGAGGCCUGGAAGGAGGCGGCAAUCUGCGCAGCAGGGGCGGCGGCCUACACCAAGACCAAGGCUAGGCCCAGUCCGGACUCUACUCAGCUCUGCUCGGCCCCGGAAGCUCGCUCCCCGCGGGUAAGGCCCAAAUCCACCCAAAAUCAAGCCUAGCUUCCCCAUCGCGACCCCCAUCGCGAGUGGUCUGCGGCCCUCUCCUUCCCCGCCCCCACUGCCCGGCCAGCCACCAUCACCUCAGCCGCUGCCGCUGCCGCUGCCGCCACCGCCGCCGCACCGCCCCCCCCACCCCAGUUCAGGAUGGCGAGCAGCAUAGUCGGGGGCAAGUACGAGCUGCUUCGGAAGGUCGGGGCCGGCUCUUUCGGUGACAUCUACCUGGCCAUCAACAUCACGAAUGGCGAGGAGGUGGCCGUGAAGCUAGAGUCCCAGAAGGCCAAGCACCCGCAGCUGCUGUACGAGAGCAAGCUGUACAAGGUGCUGCAGGGAGGGGUGGGCAUCCCCCAUAUGCGCUGGUACGGCCAGGAGAAAGACUAUAACGUCCUUGUCAUGGACCUCCUGGGGCCUAGCCUGGAGGACCUCUUCAAUUUCUGCUCGCGCAGAUUCACCAUGAAAACCGUGCUCAUGCUGGCCGACCAGAUGAUCAGCAGGAUUGAAUAUGUGCAUACUAAGAACUUCAUCCAUAGGGACAUUAAGCCGGAUAAUUUCCUGAUGGGGAUCGGGCCUCACUGCAACAAGCUGUUCCUCAUUGACUUUGGACUGGCCAAAAAGUACCGAGACAACAGAACCAGGCAGCACAUUCCCUACAGGGAAGAUAAGAACCUCACUGGCACUGCCCGGUAUGCCAGCAUCAAUGCCCACCUUGGCAUCGAGCAGAGCCGUCGUGACGACAUGGAGUCCCUGGGAUAUGUGCUGAUGUAUUUCAACAAGAGCAGCCUGCCCUGGCAAGGCCUGAAAGCUGCCACCAAGAAGCAGAAGUAUGAGAAGAUCAGUGAGAAGAAGAUGUCUACCCCCGUGGAGGUCCUGUGCCAGGGGUUCCCAGCAGAAUUCGCCAUGUAUCUCAACUACUGCCGUGAUCUUUGCUUCGAAGAGGCUCCUGAUUACAUGUACCUGAGGCAGCUGUUCCGCAUUCUUUUCAGAACUCUGAACCACCAGUACGACUACACUUUCGACUGGACAAUGUUAAAGCAGAAAAUGACCUAAAGGACUGGCUCUUGGUUAGUGGGUUCGGGUUUGCAGACCCCCUAAGGAACCCUCAGAGAAACAUAUGAAGUAGAGCAGAUGAUCAGAGCAGAUCGUGUUACUCCCUCAAUGUAGACAUUAAAGUUCACGUGUACACUUGCCAGUGGUUGUAACCAUUUAUUCGGUGUAAAGAUCUUAAUUUCAGUAUAAACUGCCUCUGAUCCAACAUUCAGAGUUGUAGCUGCUGUGUUUGUGAAUAUUAACUGACAUAGUGAAACAUGAUGUUCUGUUUUCUAUUGCAUUUUUCGGGGAGGGGGGGAAAUGUUUAACUAAAUGGUUGACACACAACAGUGGUGAGAAAUUGUGUAGAUGCCAAUUUUUUUGUUACUGUCUGUUCUGAUCCAACCCUGCCCCUAAAUCGUGCUUUGAAAUCCUGUUUCAAAAGAAUGGCAUGAACAGUUUUCAACCAUGAUCGUGAUCAUUGUAAAUGCUACAAUUGUACACUUGUGAAGUUUUGUUUUGUUUCUUCCUCCCUGGGGUUUGACUAUUGUAAACUUAAACAUUCUUAAAUCUGUUGGCUUCUGUGUGCAAGGCAGCUGACAAGGCAGUAACCAAAGAUUCCAGUUCUAAGUAUCUGAAAGACUCUGCCUGCUUACUGUGCUAGAAAAAAACAUCAUCUAAGUGAAACCGUAAAAAACCUUAGUGACAACUACUAGCUUAUCUGUAGUGCUCUGCAUUAACUAUAAUGUUCUUGGUAUUCAAAAGAAAAAAUAGCCUCUUUGUCACAUCUUAUGAAUCUGUAUGUAAGUUGCUGAUAUAGAUGUAAUCCCUGUAAACAUCUCUAUGACCCAGAAUUUUGUUUCUAUGUUGAAAUGAGAGAUGUUUUGUUUCCAAGUUCAUUAAAAACUAACAUUGAUUAUGUUAAAA